CAAUAAAGUACAGAGUGAUUGCAUGAGGCCUUGAUAGGUCAGAGGUGGUGUUAACACACUACGUCAGCUCAGUACCGCUAUAAAGGGCCAAGCCAUCUGUGGGGCAUUACAAUCUCAACCCAAUUCUCUUGAGGACUGCAAGAAAGGAAAGACUGCAAAGAUGAAACUGUACCUGGCUGCAGCCGUGCUGAUGCUUGUGCUUGCUGUACACACAGAGGCCCAGGAUGAGCCCACACUGGAGCAGCAAUUUGCCCAAUUCCAGACCCAGGUGAAGGAGAUUGCAGAGGACCUGACAGAGAAGACCAAGACCACCUUCGAACAGCUUGAAAAGAGCGAGUUUGCUGUUAAAACCAAGAACUGGUUUACUGAGCAGUUUGAGAAAAUGAAGCAGACGCUGUCUGAAUCCUUCAAUUAAAGCGAAAACCAAUGACCUUAUACCCUUCUUCCCUGCAAUCAUGCAAUUACUAUGUGAUAUGUUAUACCUACCCCACCCUGUUGUGCCAACUGGUGCAUUUGUUACAGUUCAGUACAUCUUCAAAAUCUGUGAUGAUCUCCUUGUCAUUUGUGUAAUCUGUAAAAUACUUUAUAAUUUUUUUGGGAUGCUGUUAAAUAUUGUGGGGAAAAGUGUAAAAUCUAAAUAUACAUUCUGAAUUUUUUCGAAAGAAUAAAUGGUGGAACAGAA